AUGUCAACAAUGGUGGAGCCAGUGGGUUUCAUUGAAGCCUGGAAAGCACAGUUUCCAGAGUCUGACCCUCCAAAGAUGGAGCUGAGAUCUGUGGGGGGAAUUGAGCAGGAACUGGAAAAGUGCAAAGCAUCAAUUAGGAGACUAGAGAUGGAGGUGAACAAAGAGCGCUUCCGGAUGAUCUACCUGCAGACGCUGUUGGCCAAGGAAAGAAAAAGCUAUGAUCGUCAGAGAUGGGGUUUUAGGAAGACACCCCAGUUGAAUGAAGGGGAGCAGCCCUCUGCUGAUGUUGACUCCCAACAUACCCAUGCACAGGAGCAAGGGCAAGGAGAGCGCAGCAGGUUCCAACCAGUGGGGGAGAGCAGAGUUAAACCAAAGCCACCCCCAACUAGGAAGUCUGCAUCUCAUGGCGAUGGUCUUGAACUCCAGUCAGCUUUUGAGGCAUCCCAACAAGGGUAUGCAACUGAGACGGAUGGGCUCUCACCAUCCAAACAGAGAGGAGGUGUCUCUCCUCGUAGGCCCCAACCACCACCUGAAAAAGAACUUCCCUCUGAUCCCUCUCUCAAAGACAAACCUGGGAUGGGACUUGGUGUAGCUGCUUUGAGGUCCAACUUUGAGCGGAUUAAACGGGCCAACUCCCAUUCCUCUGCUGAUGGGAAAGGUGGGCAGGACAAGCAGCCUUUCUACACAAAUAUGGAGUUCCACCAUGAAAGGGGACUGGUGAGAGUCAGUGACCGAGAGGUCACGGAGAAGAUCAGUAACAUCGGGAGCCAAGCUAUGCAGAUGGAGCGUAAGAGGUCCCUCCAUUCGCUGCCAGGAAACCUGGCCACCGUGGCAGGUGAGCUUCGCACCAGACCAGUGUACAGGGGACGCUCUACUGAGAGCACUUGCGGCUAUGACGCGGAGUAUGAGGAUGGGGAGCCUAAUCCUCGCUUUUCCAGAGACAAUGCUAUCCGUUCCAAUGGGAGCAAACCUCCGCCACCUCCAUGGCAACCGUCAGAUUUCCAGCCAUACACUAGUGUUUAUGUUGGUGGCAUGAUGAUGGGAGAGGGUGGGGACGCCAGGGGCGUCACCAUGAGAGACCAUGGGGGUAGUGAUGAUCAUCACAUGACUUGGCCCAGGAGGUCCUACUCACCUGGGAGUUUUGAGGAUGUUGGAGGUGGAGGAGGUGGCUAUACGCCAGACUGCAGUUCCAAUGAGAACCUAACGUCCAGUGAAGAGGACUUUUCAUCGGGACAGUCCAGCCAUGUGUCACCCAGCCCGACCACGGCCUAUCGCCGGCCAUUCAGAGAGAAAAGCCGCUCUCCCUCUCAGAACUCCCAGAACUCCCAGCAUUCAUUCGACAGCAGUAGCCCCCCCACGCCGCAGUCUCAGAAACGACAUAGGCAACAGCACGUGGUGGUGUCGGAGGCCACCAUCGUAGGUGUGCGGAAAACUGGACAGAUUUGGCCCCAUGAUGGGGACUCCAUUCCUUCCAGCAGGGCCUCUCAUGACAACAGUUUCCAUGGAGACCUGGAUGGUUCGUUUACGGGGACUCCUCCUACCUACGGCUACGACGCCGACCGCGCGGAGGAGCAGCGACGCCACCAUGACAUCCUGCCCUACAUCGAUGACUCCCCCUCCUCCUCCCCUCACCUCAGCUCCAAGAGCCGCAGCAGCCGAGACACCCUGUCCUCUGGUUCGCUUGAGUCCUCCAAAUCUGCUGAGCUGGAUCUGGAGAAAGGCCUUGAAAUGCGUAAGUGGGUUCUGUCUGGGAUCCUGGCCAGUGAGGAGACCUACCUUAGCCACCUGGAGGCCCUGCUGCUGCCCAUGAAGCCCUUGAAGGCUGCAGCGACCACCUCCCAGCCAGUUCUUACCGUCCAGCAGAUAGAGACCAUCUUCUUCAAAGUGCCUGAGCUCUACGAGAUACACAAAGAAUUUUACGAUGGCCUUUUACCCAGAGUGCAACAGUGGAGCCAUCACCAGCGUGUGGGUGAUCUCUUCCAAAAGCAAGCCAGUCAGCUGGGAGUGUACCGGGCGUUCGUGGACAACUACGAAGUUGCUGUGGAGACAGCAGAGAAGUGCUGUCAGGCCAAUGCACAGUUUGCAGAGAUCUCUGAGAAUCUCAAGGUCAGAAGUACUAAAGACUGCAAAGACCAGACAGCCAAAUACUCACUGGAGACCCUCCUGUACAAACCAGUGGACCGAGUAACCAGGAGCACUCUGGUAUUGCAUGAUCUGCUGAAGCACACGCCCACUAGUCACCCAGAUCACCCACUGCUGCAGGAUGCAUUGCGCAUAUCCCAGAAUUUUCUGUCCAGCAUCAACGAGGAGACCACACCCAGACGCCAGUCUAUGACCGUUAAAAAAGGGGAGAACCGUCAGCUUCUGAAAGACAGUUUUAUGGUGGAGCUGGUGGAGGGAGCAAGAAAACUGCGGCAUGUUUUCCUGUUCACCGACCUGCUGCUGUGUGCCAAGCUCAAGAAACAGAUCGGAGGGAAGAGUCAGCAGUACGACUCGAAAUGGUACAUCCCCCUGUCUGACCUGACCUUCCAAACGGCAGACGAGGCUGAGCCUUUGCCCAUCCCACAGGUGCCUGACGAGGAGAUAGAUGCCACGAAGAUGAAAAUCUCUCAGCUCAAGAGUGAGAUCCAGAGAGAGAAGAGGGCCAACAAGGGAUCAAAGGUCAUUGAAAGGUUGAGAAAGAAACUGUCAGAGCAGGAGUCACUGUUGCUCUUGACCUCCCCUAACAUGGCACUCAGAGUACACAACAGGAAUGGCAAGAGUUAUAUGUUUCUGAUUUCAUCAGACUAUGAACGGGCUGAAUGGAAGGAGAUGAUCAGGGAGCAGCAAAAGAAAUGCUUCAAGAGCUUCAGUCUGACCUCCAUGGAGCUCCAAAUGUUGACCAACUCCUGUGUCAAACUUCAAACUGUCCACCACAUUCCACUCACUAUCAACAAAGACGACGAUGAGUGCACAGGACUCCAUGGUUUCUUGAAUGUAAUUGUCCACUCCGCCUCUGGCCUCAAACAGAGCCUAAAUCUGUAUUGCACAUUAGAGGUGGACUCUUUUGGCUACUUUGUGAACAAAGCCAAGACAAGAGUGUAUAGGUACACCACCGAGCCCAAAUGGAAUGAGGAGUUUGAGAUUGAACUGGAGGGCUCCCAGACACUGCGCCUGCUCUGUUAUGAGAAGAGCUACAACAAAACCAAGAUGAAUAAAGAGGAUGGUGAGAGUACAGACCGCAUCAUAGGCAAAGGGCAGAUCCCGCUGGACCCUCAGAUGCUCCAGGGUAAAGACUGGCAGAGAACGGUCAUCCCCAUGAACGGGAUUGAGGUGAAGCUGUCCAUGAAGUUCACCAGCAGAGAGUUCAGCUUAAAGAGAAUGCCUUCAAGGAAAGAGCUGGGUGUGUUUGGUGUGAACAUCUCCACAGUGACCAAACGAGAGCGCUCCAAGGUGCCAUACAUUGUCAGACAGUGUCUGGAGGAGAUUGAGAGGAGAGGGAUGGAGGAGGUGGGGAUUUACCGGGUCUCUGGAGUGGCCACUGACAUCCAGGCCCUGAAAGCUGCCUUUGACACAAACAAUAAAGACGUGUCUGUGAUGAUGAGCGAGAUGGACGUCAACGCAAUCGCUGGAACGCUAAAGCUGUACUUCCGGGAGCUUCCAGAACCUCUCUUCACUGACGAGCUGUACCCCAACUUCGCUGGAGGCAUCGCUCUUUCAGACAGUGUUGCUAAGGAAAGCUGCAUGUUGAAUCUUCUGCUGUCACUACCAGAGCCAAACUUGGUCACUUUCCUCUUCCUGCUGGAUCAUUUGAAGAGGGUGGCAGAAAAAGAGAGCGUUAACAAGAUGUCGCUGCAUAAUCUGGCCACAGUUUUCGGUCCAACCCUGCUACGGCCUGCAGAGAAAGACAGCAAAAUACCUGCUAACCCCACUCAGCCCAUCACCAUGGGUGACAGCUGGUCUCUGGAAGUUAUGUCACAGGUCCAAGUUUUACUGUACUUCCUUCAACUGGAGACCAUACCAACACCAGAUAGUAAAAGACAGAGCAUUCUCUUCUCCACGGAAGUGUAG